CUGAUCCCCAAAUGUCCCCGGCCCGCCCCCCCUGCUUCCGUCCAUAAACCCUGCAUAAGCCUGAAGCCUCUCCACCCCCACCGACCAAGCCUUCGUCUCCUCCUGCCUGCCGGCCUCGUCUUCAGACCUCUCUCUCCGAGUUCUGACGACACCGGGAGAGGCACAGGACGGAGGAGGCACGCGCGCGAGCAGGAAGAAGAAGCGCACGGCGAGCUCCGCCGCUGGCUCGGUCGUUUCCCGGUGAGCGAGAGGUAGCUCGUCGCGCCACCUCCGUCGCCACCACCUCGCGCUCGCUCUCCGCCCGGGAGACGCUCGCAGGGAUUGCCAUCGAUCCUGCAGGAAAACACGGCAAGGAAAUACCAGGACCGAGCCAGAGGGUGAAGAAGAUGAUGAUGGCUGAAGUGGCCAAUCACAGCAAGAGGAACCACACCGACAGCUACUUCAGCGGGAAGGCCGUCGUCACCACCAGCUCGGAGGAGUUUGGAAGCAUGACCCCGAAGAAGCCGAGGAACACGAGCCCAAGGACGUCUCCAGUGUCACCGAAGGAGAAGAAGGAUAAGAUCGGCGAGAGGGUCGCAGCGCUCCAGCAGCUAGUGUCACCGUUUGGGAAGACGGAUACGGCUUCUGUUCUGCAGGAGGCGUCAGGGUACAUCAAGUUCCUGCACCAGCAACUCGAGGUCCUGAGCUCCCCCUACAUGCGUGCUCCUCCGGCCGCCGGCGCCGCGCCUGAGGAUCCCGAGCACUACAGCCUCCGGAACCGCGGGCUGUGCCUGGUGCCGGUGGACCUGACGCUGCAGCUGACCCAGAGCAACGGGGCCGACCUGUGGGCGCCGGCGAACACGACCAGGCGCCGGUGAGGGGCGAGUCCGCCCGCGCGCCUCACCGGGAGCAGAGCAGCCGGCCCGGUCUCUGGUCUGCCCCGAGGAAACCGAGGAUGUCCUACCGCAUCUGCAUCCGCAUGUGCAGGGUAUAGAAUUUCCAAGCGCCUGACCCCAUUCGAUCUCCUAACAAGAAACUAAGCGAGCGUCAAUCUCCAACCGCUUGUAUUAUACCAGUGACCUGUCUGUAUGCCCCUGUCUGAUCUCCCCUGGGCACCGUAUAUGUAUGAUCAGAUCAGAUGUGGCUGGGAACUGCGUCUCUAUGUGGUAUGUAUCUAUGUGUUCAGUGAAUGUUAAUUAGCAGGCUGUUGCCGUCAGCAACUGAAGCGGCAGUUUUUAAGGCCA